GGAAGGCGAGUGGGGAAAGGGGAGACGGUGACCGAGUUGGGUUGGGUCGAUCGAGCGAGAGAGGUGGGCAGAUCCGCGCUUGUUUCGGGGGAGAGGAAGAGUGAUCGGUGAGACAUGGCGGAGAAGCAGGAGAGGACCAACUUCGCGCUGACCUGCAGUCUACUGAGCCUGUACAUCAAGGAGAAGAAGGGGAGCGUCGCCGACCUCGGGAUCGGGAUCGCGAUCGCCCCGAUUGCCGCCAAAGGAAAAUCAGGGUUGUUUCGACCGCCGACUACCGUGAGUUGGUUGCCGGAGAGCGACAUCUCGAGCGGAGCUGGCGGCGAGAGGAGAACGGAAGGGGACGAAGUUCCCCAGGGGAACGCCCUGGAGCUGUUUCCCCAGCGUGUUGGUUUCGGCCCCGCUGCGUCGGAGGAUGUUAGGGAUGCGGAAAGCGCCCCACUCACAAUCUUCUAUGGAGGAAAGGUGUCGGUGUUCGACAAUUUCCCGGCCGAGAAGGCCAAUGAUCUGAUGCAGCUUGCGAGCAAGGGCAACUCAACCGCACCGAACUUUGGCUAUGUGCCCGCUUCCUCAAGCUCGGCUAUGUCAAGUUCGACAGCCCUUUCGGAUCAAAAUCCGACCUUGCCCAAAUCUGCAAACGCUUCAUUGGCUUCCCAUGUCCGUCUGCCCAGAUCAGCACAAUCUGGCCUUUCUGAUCUUCCUAUUGCUAGAAAGGCUUCGCUCCAGCGAUUCCUCGAGAAGAGAAAGGAUCGGAUCAAUGCAAGAGCACCGUAUCAAGUCACUGCCUCCACCGGAAUGGGAGUACCUGUCGAGCAAGAAGGCAGCAGAGCAUGGCUUGGAUUGGGUCCUCGGUCCUCAAUUGCCAGCCUCACAAAAUGAAGUCAAACACAGAUGCUAUCCUGCUUGAAGCCAAUCGAUCACUCACAAGUUUGGACUACUUACUUUUUUUUGAGGAACUUGCGUUCCUUUUCUAAGAAGAUCUUUCGAUGUUGUCACCGACAGACUUAGAUCUCAGAGUUAUUCUGAAACUGUAGCUCAUGCUUCCAUAUAGGAAUCAUGGGGGAAAUAUGUAUGUUUGAAAUCUUAGUAGCAGGAGUGUUGUUCCCCUGUCAUAGUACCCGAAACAAAUCAUGGCUGUUCAAUAGAAUUAACUUUUUAAUCUUAGAUAUGUUGCAAACUGGAAA